ACCAUGUAGUGUGACACGCGUUAAUAGUGGAAAAUUUAUAUUUUAUAACAAUAAAAACUUGGUGCAAAGCCUUAAAACCUCUCUGAAGUGUUUUAAAUCUGUGUUAUCCUAAUUGGUUAAAAAAUGGCUUCUAAAUUCAGAAAUCCGCAAGCCUUGGCCAAUGGUUUGAAAGCAGUUGCUGUUAUUGGUGCAACAACGUAUUGUGUGUCCCAAACAGUUUUCAACGUAGAUGGAGGACACCGAGCCAUCAUGUACAACCGAAUAGGAGGAGUACAGAGACACAUCUUGACGGAAGGAAUGCACUUUCGUAUACCCUGGUUCCAGAAACCUAUCAUCUAUGACAUAAGGUCACGACCACACGUUAUAUCUUCACCUACCGGGUCAAAAGACUUGCAAAUGGUUAAUAUUUCACUAAGAGUGUUAACUCGGCCCAAUGCGGAAAGUUUACCCACAAUGUACCGGCAGCUAGGCACAAACUAUGAUGAAAAAGUUCUACCGUCCAUUUGUAAUGAAGUUUUGAAAUCAGUCGUUGCUAAAUUCACCGCUUCCCAACUGAUCACACAACGGCAUCAAGUAUCUUUGCUGAUACGAAGAGAACUAGCUGAAAGGGCUGCUGAUUUCAAUAUUAUUCUCGAUGAUGUGUCGCUCACUGAGAUGAGUUUUGGUAGAGAGUACUCCGCUGCAGUUGAAGCAAAACAGAUAGCUCAGCAAGCGGCACAGCGGGCGUCCUUCAUAGUAGAAAGAGCAAAGCAGGAACGACAGCAGAAAAUUGUUCAAGCCGAAGGUGAAGCUGAGGCAGCAGAGUUGCUAGGAAAAGCAGUGUCAAUGAACCCCGGAUACUUGAAACUACGUAAGAUCAGAGCCGCGCAGAAUAUUUCUAGAAUGAUCGCGAAGUCACAGAACAAAGUUUUCCUGUCAGGAGAGAGUUUAAUGAUGAACCUCCAGGAUCCCGCUUUUGAUAGUUUCGCUGAAAAUUUGGUUAAGAAAAAGUAAUUGAUUUUUAUGAAACACUAGAGAUAGAUAGUUAAAAGAUAAUUUUAUUUCUGUUAUAAAUGGAAACUGUUAUAUUAUAUGUCCUAGAUGGAAAAUACAGCAAGGCAUCAUGUGAUUAACAUUGUGAUUUUACAAUUAAACGAGAAGGAAAAAUAAACCUACUUUAUUCCAAGCAGGCAAGAUCAAUAAAAAAUUACAUAAUUUUCCUCGUGGCCUUCAAUAUUUCACAGGUCGUUGUUGUAUGUAUUCUGUAUACAAGUGAUUACUGGCGAACAAUAUAGCAAUAAGUUAUAUUGUGGUUGUUCUAUGGAGGAAAAUUUCAAAACGAAACGUUAUUAAAUAAAUGUACUUAUGGCCAAA